CUUGCUACACCACGGUAUAGAGUGUACGCAUGCGCGCGCAUUUUACAUUACGUUUUUAGGGAUUUUUCGUUAUUCGAAGUUGAAAAGAAUUGCUUGCUAAUUGAAUUUGGUGAAGUGCUAACAGAAAUGGAAAACUAACUUAUGAGGAAAUUGUGUCUACUUGCUUGUGCAGCUGUGUCGCAUACAUACACACAUACGUACAUAUGUAUGUACAUAGUAUAUGCAUUUAAAAAAAUCAUUUAUGUUUAACGGAAAAUGGGCGAAUUGAAAGCAAACAAUUCGAAGCGCACAGCCAACGAGCUAAUUAUAAGCUAAUUUGUGGAUUUUUUCCACUCAAUUAACUCGCUUAAGAAUUUGUAGUAAUCAACAAAAAACAAAAAAAAAACAACAACAAAGUGAUACUAAAUAUACAAACGUACAUUAAAAAAAAAAUACAUACUGUGCAAUUUGAAUUGAUUAAUAAUAACAAACCAACAAAAGUAUACAAACACAAAAACCAACUCACUCAUGAAGCUAGCGCAACGCUUCAUUGCAUUUAGAAGUGUAUCGGCUUGGCCGCAACAACAAAAAUCAGCAAUAUUGCUACCUACUAACGUUUUGGGCUAAAAUAAUGAGUGUAAUCCUGCCGUCAAUGCCGCACCGUUACAAGCGUCUCCUGCAAGCAAUGACACUCGCCGUGGCAAUAAUUUACACCACACUGGUGCUUUAUCAGAGCGCCUACGGAUAUCCUGAUUUACAGCAGCUACCAACGCAGAAACACUUUAUACUUGAGGCUCAACCCUCCCAUGCGCCUGCGUCAUUGACUCGAUCGUCCACCAGUUUACCAGUAGCGGCAGCGUCAGCGCAGCAACAGCUAUCAACACAAUUCAAAACCCAGCAUAAGUCGACUAACCUGCAACAACAGCAGCUAACUUCAGCUCAGGAGCAAAAACAACAUGCGCAUAAACAACAACGCAAACAUAUGAAAAAUCUGCAAACGGCAGUAGCUGCGCAUUCAAAGCAACUACCAUCAUCAUCAUCAUCAUCAUCGUCAUCAGCAGCAGUAGCAACACAAACGGCGAAUGCGAGGGCUGUGGUAGCACCCGCACCAGCGCCACUUUUACCAUCAUCAGCAACAGUCACAGCUACACAUUCACAAACGACUUACAUUAUUCGUAAGGAUAUAAAAAGUUUUAAUUUUUCCGACAUCGAAGUAAAUGAAGAGGAUGCAACAGCAGCGGCACGACUGGACGAUUUGGCGCGGCGUAGUCGCAAUGGCGAACUAUUGCACGAUUUGUGGCAACGUGCCGUUACAGCGACGCCACAGCCGCCGAUCACUGAACUCGAUGACAUUUUCAUUAGCGUCAAGACAACAAAAAAUUAUCACCACAUACGUUUGGCUUUGAUCAUCAAGACGUGGUUCCAGUUGGCGCGCGAUCAGACUUGGUUCUUCACUGACACCGAUGAUCCAUAUUACCAGGAGAAGACAAAGGGACAUCUCAUUAAUACGAAUUGCUCACAGGGGCACUUUCAGGAGGCUUUGUGCUGCAAAAUGUCGGCGGAGUUGGAUGUCUUCCUGGCCAGUGGCAAGAAAUGGUUUUGCCAUUUCGAUGAUGACAACUAUGUCAACGUUCCACGGCUGGUCAAACUCUUGGACGAGUACAGCCCUUCAGUUGAUUGGUAUCUGGGCAAGCCUAGCAUAUUCUCCCCACUGGAAAUACAUCUCGAAAGCUAUGCGCCAAUGACGCACAAAAAUAAAACCACGGCAGAGAAGAUUUCUUUCUGGUUUGCAACUGGUGGUGCUGGUUUUUGCCUAAGCCGCGCGCUGACUAUGAAAAUGUUGCCAAUAGCUGGCGGUGGAAAAUUUAUUAGUAUUGGACGUAAAAUACGUUUCCCCGAUGACGUCACUAUGGGUUUCAUAAUUGAGCAUCUGCUCAAAGUGCCAUUGCGCAUUGUGGAGAAUUUCCAUUCGCAUUUGGAGCCCAUGGAGCACAUACGUCCUGAAACUUUCCCAGACCAAGUUUCAUUUAGUUAUGCGAAUAUGCGAAAUCAAUGGAAUGUCGUAAAGGUGGAUGGUUUCGAUUUGGCAACGGAUCCGAGGCGUUUCUAUUCGCUGCACUGCAAACUCUUUCCUUACUUCAGCUUUUGUCCACCAAGAUGAUAAACUCGCUUAAAGAAUUUAUAAAAAAUGUGGUUUUCUUUAUUUUGUAAAAUAUUUACCGACCUGCUGUAUUUAAAAGAAUAACAUAAGAAAAAAGUCUCCAGCAAAAUUGCGCUGGCAUAAGUUUUGUAACUAAAACUCAAAACUGUGAUGUAGUUUAAGAUGUAAAAAAAGAUGUAUGUAUGUCUGUGUAAGUGUAGUAGGGAAACAAAUAACAUAAUAAAUAGAGAAUUACUGUAAUGAAAGACAAUAAAAAUGUAUUAUAAAAAUCGUAAAUUUACUAUAUUAAGUACAGUAAGUGCAGUAAGUCUGUCCAAGAGAAUUGUGCGGUCUAGUAUUCGUAUGCAGUAAAUCAGUUUAAGUAGUAUACUUUAAUAAAAAAAAAACAUAUUUCAAUUGGGAUGAUUGGGCAAUCAACUUUAUGAAUUCUGGGCCCAGCUUCACUUGACGCAACUUUCGGAGAGUUUCUGCGUGUUUUCUUUGACUAUGCUUUAAGAGGUGGAUCAGCUGGCAAAUGUUUUAUUUUUUAAUACAUUUUGAUUUGAAAUUUUUUUUAUUUCAUUUUUUUUUAAUUUUCUUUUUUAAUUUUUAUUUUUUUUUUUAAUUAAAAUUUUUAUAUCUCAAGUUUUAGCCUCAUUAACGCCCCAUACACUUACUAUUAUCGACUGGAUUAGCCUCGAAACUCUAUGAUGGUUAGUCCCUGACGGAUAUAAAAUAUACAGUCGGCCGGCCACCCCACCCAAACGGGGUUUUUUGGCACUCUGCAGCAAUACCGUUUCAUGCUACUUAAACAUCCUUAUUUUUAGAAUUGAGUUCGGGUUUUCGUCAUUUAAUAUACAAGUGGCAGCAGUCGCACGCAUUGAUCUUGGCCGCAUAUUUCACAGUUCUCUGCACAAGUCUAACACCUUUUUUUCCCAGCUCUCGCCACCCAAUUUCGAUCGAUAAUCACCUGUGCCAGUGGCGCUCAUUUUUCUAUCUGACUUUCUGUUAGCAGAGGUUUGAGAAUUGUGCUCAGAUUUUUUAAAUUGAUUCGAUCACUUUGGUUUCGGAUGGCCAUCGUAGACUCUCUGUUUUCUUUUUGCGCCAAUUUCACCAUAGCGACCCUUAGCAACACUGUCGGAUUUCUAUUAAAAAUUUGCUAUAUCUAUUUACCGGCAUGCCUUGGGAUGCACCUGUUGAUACCUCUUUACUUUCUGAGCUCAAAGUCAACAUUCUCGAGCUCCUGGUAUUAGUUGUUCCACAGACAUCCGUCGAAGCUCGGCGAUGUUUUGGCACAUUUUGCAGUCUUAGGACCUUUAAUUAAAAAAUAAUUAAAUAAAAUAAGCAUUUCUAUGAAUCAUGUAAACUUCUGUUAAAUUUGCAAUUAAUUCAUCGUCGUAUUCAUUCAAAAGAUCAAAAAAUGUAUAUAGCGUGAAAACACUUUUCCACUCCUAUAGCAGGUAGAGCCUGCUAACAAAAAUUUCGGCAUCGCACACUUCUCUUGACACAGACAAAAAUAUACGUUAAAGUAGCAAACUAAGAAAUACAAAUGUAUAGUUUAAUGUAAAACUCUUUUAACACAAAUCAUAAGAUGCUGCAAUAACACAAUAUUUUUAAUAUUUUAAACAUAUUUCAUAUAAAGCCUUUACUUUUAACUAUUACGUCAUAGUACUAAUACCAUUGAAUAGGUGUAGAGCAAAAUAUGUCAGUUCUUGGUAGCGGCAGAUCUACCAAUGCUUUUUUUCUACUUUGUGCUUCCUUUUAUUGUCAAUUUUAUUACUAUGAAUAUUGCCUACAAUAACCAGCUUCUAGUCUCUAUAAGAGAAAAAAAAACAACUUCCACGGAUAUCUUUGGAAUCUAAUUGUUAUAAACGCAAUAAUGCAUUCGC